GUCAUUUACACAGCUUUCAUUUUAACCCCCCAAAAAAGGGAGAAAGAAAAAGAAAAGAAAGAAAGAAAGCGCGUGCGUGUCUUUUUUGCACACUUUUAGUACCUUGUGGUCGAAGGAGGUACAAAGGCGAAAGCGCCCACACAAGACAAACCGAAUUAUUUGCCAGGAAAGAAUUCGAAACUGUUGCGUUCCGUGCUGAGCAUUAACCAGCUCUGUACUGCUUUACAUUUCCUCUUUUUCCCCUUCAGCUGCUGGAUUGCAGAAGACGCAGCGUCCAUAGCUUUCGACUUUACUCGUUUUCGCGUGGGUGCGUGUGCGCGUUAAUGUAGGACGUUUCCUUUUUUUUUUUUUUUUUGAAAUCCGUGAGUAGAAGGGAGCUCGAGCUUUACGUGUGUGUGUGUGUGUGUGUGUGUGUGUAAGUGUAAACGCCCAGCUUGUUGACCGGUGAAGUUUAGUUUGCAGCGCACGCGCCGACUAACUGGCACAGUACCGCAUCGAAAGCGCACGUUGCGCGCUGUAAUAUUACACUAAGACUCAGUUUUUUAUUCCUUUCUGUUUCUUAUUUUCAUCACGUUUAUUUAUUGCAAGUGGUGCUUUUAGAGGAAAGAGCACUGCUCGUGUGUUCCUCGCGACACCAUCGUGCGGACAGAAAGGGGCACAUUGUUGCCUCUCCGGCACGCUCGAGGCGAAGGGAAAGAGAAAAAAAAAAGAGACUGCGAUUUGGACGGGAUUUUUUAAAAGUCCGAGCCACUUUAAUGCACUGAAAAGAUUUAAAAGAGGAGGUGGAGGAAGGUCAGUCCCAGGAGUGUUGGCUUUAAUCCGCGAUUUCCACAAGAAAACAAACAAAGAGAUACUUUAAGCUGAAGCAAACCUACGUUUUAAGAUGUGGUGACCUGCUUGCCGUGGACAGCUGUUCUCUUUAGAGCUUCUUCCUCUGAUGGUUCUCUUCCAUUGUUGUGCAAGACGUCAGUAACACUCUUCCCUCAGAACUUGAAAACUGCUCAGAGAGACACCAAUCUUUGAAAGCUUUCCUGUUAAAGUCAUACUCUUUGUGACCGGUCAACCCAGAGCGUCAGAACGCCAGCCAGAGAAAGAAAGCAUGGCUAACAACACUGUGGACCACCCACCUGGGAACUCUGUGGCUGAAGGCAAUCAUGAUGGGGACUUUGGCUGCACGGUGAUGGACCUCCGGGAACUGAUGGAGCUCAGGAGCGCAGAGGCGGUCAACAAGAUCAGAGACAUCUACGGAGACGUGCAGGGGAUAUGUCGUAGGCUGAAAACGUCUCCAAUUGAAGGGCUGUCUGGAAACCCGGCGGACUUGGAAAAGCGCCACACGGCCUUCGGGAGGAACUUCAUCCCUCCUAAAAAGCCCAAGACCUUCUUGCAGCUGGUGUGGGAGGCAUUGCAGGAUGUCACGCUAAUCAUCUUGGAGAUAGCUGCCAUAAUUUCUUUGGGCCUGUCCUUCUACCACCCACAGGGAGAUGACAGUGAUGCUUGUGGCCAGGCUGCUGGUGGUGUGGAGGAUGAAGGUGAAGCACAAGCGGGUUGGAUCGAGGGCGCUGCUAUCCUGUUUUCGGUGAUCAUCGUGGUGCUGGUGACUGCAUUCAAUGACUGGAGCAAAGAGAAGCAGUUCCGUGGGCUGCAGAGUCGCAUCGAACAGGAGCAGAAGUUCACCGUCAUUCGCAAGGGUCAAGUUAUCCAGAUCCCAGUGGCUGAGAUCGUUGUGGGAGAUAUCGCGCAGAUCAAAUACGGUGACCUCCUUCCCGCUGAUGGGAUUCUGAUCCAAGGCAACGACCUGAAGAUCGACGAGAGCUCCCUGACCGGAGAGUCGGAUCAAGUAAAGAAGUCCCUUGAGAAAGACCCAAUGCUAUUGUCUGGAACUCAUGUGAUGGAGGGAUCUGGGAGGAUGUUGGUUACUGCCAUCGGCCUGAACUCCCAGACCGGAAUCAUUUUCACUCUGCUUGGAGCCGGCGGUGAGGAGGAGGAGAAAAAGGUCAAGAAAGGUAAAAAACAAGGAGCCCCUGAAAAUCGCAACAAAGCUAAAACCCAAGAUGGCAUCGCUCUGGAGAUCCAGCCCCUGAAGAGUGAGGAGGGAGUUGAAUGCGAGGAGAAAGAGGAGAAAGAGGUGAAGAAGGUCAACGUCAACAAGAAGGAGAAGUCCGUACUCCAGGGAAAGCUGACCAGGCUGGCUGUGCAGAUCGGAAAAGCAGGUCUCAUCAUGUCUGCCGUGACCGUCAUCAUUCUCAUCUUGUACUUUGUGAUCGAUACAUUCGGGGUGCAGGGGAAGGAGUGGAAGGCCGAAUGCACACCCAUCUACAUUCAGUACUUUGUCAAGUUCUUCAUCAUUGGCGUUACGGUGCUGGUGGUCGCAGUUCCUGAAGGGCUUCCGCUCGCUGUCACCAUUUCACUCGCCUACUCCGUCAAGAAAAUGAUGAAAGACAACAACCUGGUGAGGCACCUGGAUGCCUGCGAGACCAUGGGCAAUGCCACAGCCAUCUGUUCUGACAAGACCGGCACACUCACCAUGAACCGCAUGACCGUGGUGCAGGCCUACAUAGGUGACACACACUACAAGAAGGUUCCAGAACCUGAGGCCAUCAACUCUGAGACUCUGGAGCUGUUGAUUAACAGCAUCUCCAUCAAUUCGGCCUACACCACCAAGAUCCUGCCACCAGAGCAUGAAGGUGGUCUACCAAGGCAUGUGGGUAAUAAGACUGAAUGUGCCCUCUUGGGAUUGGUUCUGGAGCUGAAGCAAGAUUACCAACCCAUCCGUGAUGAGAUUCCCGAGGAGAAGCUCUACAAGGUCUACACCUUCAAUUCAUCACGCAAGAGCAUGAGCACUGUGCUGAAAAACGCAGACGGCUCAGGAUUCCGCAUGUACAGCAAAGGCGCCUCCGAGAUCAUCCUCCGCAAGUGUUCCUACAUCUUGGACGCUGCAGGUCAGUCUCGGGUCUUCAAGUCCAAGGACCGGGAUGAGAUGGUGCAGAAAGUGAUCGAGCCCAUGGCUUGUGAAGGCUUAAGGACCAUCUGCGUAGCUACAAGGGAAUUCAAGGGUGAGGAGCCGAACUGGGACAAUGAGGCCGAUAUUCUUUCAGACCUCACCUGCAUCUGCGUGGUGGGCAUCGAAGACCCUGUCCGUCCAGAGGUUCCAGAGGCCAUCGCUAAGUGCCAGAAAGCAGGCAUUACAGUGCGUAUGGUUACCGGUGACAAUAUCAACACUGCCCGUGCCAUUUCUACCAAAUGUGGCAUCCUGCAGCCCGGAGAAGACUUUCUGUGCUUGGAAGGCAAAACGUUUAACCAACAGAUCCGCAACGACAAAGGAGAGGUGGAGCAAGAUCGUCUGGACAAGGUCUGGCCCAAACUGCGUGUACUGGCUCGGUCUUCUCCAACAGACAAGCACACUCUGGUCAAAGGCAUCAUUGACAGCACGGUAGGUGAAACCAGACAGGUGGUGGCUGUGACGGGUGACGGAACCAACGAUGGACCUGCUCUCAAGAAGGCUGACGUCGGGUUUGCUAUGGGUAUUGCUGGGACUGACGUUGCUAAGGAAGCCUCUGACAUCAUUCUGACCGAUGACAACUUCACCAGCAUUGUAAAGGCUGUAAUGUGGGGGCGUAACGUCUACGACAGCAUCUCCAAGUUCCUGCAGUUUCAGCUCACGGUCAAUGUAGUGGCCGUCAUCGUGGCUUUCACCGGGGCCUGCAUUACACAGGACUCUCCGCUAAAAGCAGUGCAGAUGCUCUGGGUCAAUCUGAUCAUGGACACACUGGCCUCUCUGGCUUUGGCCACUGAGCCGCCCACCGAAGCCCUGCUACUGCGCAAACCCUACGGCCGAAACAAGCCACUUAUCUCCAGAACCAUGAUGAAGAACAUUCUGGGCCAUGCCGUCUACCAGCUGUCUGUUACCUUCACCUUGCUCUUUGCUGGAGAGAAGUUCUUCAACAUAGACAGCGGCCGCAAUUCUCCCCUCCACGCGCCGCCCUCCGAACACUACACCAUCAUCUUCAACGUUUUCGUCAUGAUGCAGCUCUUCAACGAGAUCAACGCCCGCAAGAUCCACGGCGAGAGGAACGUCUUCGAAGGCAUCCACAGGAACCCCAUAUUCUGCAGCGUCGUCCUGGGAACCUUCAUCCUGCAGAUCAUCAUCGUGCAGCUGGGAGGAAAGCCUUUCUCCUGCACAGCUCUCACCCUGGAUCAGUGGCUCUGGUGCAUCUUCAUUGGUGUCGGCGAACUGCUCUGGGGCCAGUUCAUCUCGGCCAUCCCAACACACCGGCUCAAGUUCCUGAUGACGUUUGGUCACGGCAGCACCAAGGAGGAGAUGCAGAAGGAGGAGCAGAUCGAGGACGUAGAUGAGAUUGACCAUGCCGAGAUGGAGCUACGCCGCGGACAGAUCCUCUGGUUCCGAGGGCUGAACCGCAUCCAGACUCAGAUUAAGGUGGUGAACGCUUUCCGCAGCUCACUGUACUCGGGCCUCGAGUCCAACAGCUCCAUCCACAACUUCAUGGUCCACCCUGAGUUCAUGCCGCGGGUCGAGGAGGAGGAGCACGCACCCACGAUAGAGGAGAGCAGCGCAGAGAUUGAGCCGCUGCCUUCCUCAUCCUCGGCUCCUCCUCCUCCGCCUCCCCCAGGAAAAGUGGAGGUGGAGGCGGAGAACCCCCGGACAGCUCCAUCCACGGCCGCGAGUCCUCCGUCUGACCAUCUUUUCCUCUCACCCCAGCAUCAAGCCCAGUUCUGUCCUCCUGCAAGCUCCUCCCUAAAGAACACCUCACCCGUCAUGCAGCAUCCUCACACGGAGCCGUUUUCCCCGCUUCGGCUCCUCAUCGACCGGCAGCGUGGCGUCAGAGCUCUGACAGCACACGUGGCAUGGUCUGACUCGCCCACACAAGGGCAGAUCAAAGGCUGCAGCCUUUCCUUCACCGACACUGUAUCCUUGUUUUUACUUUUCCUUUUUUUUUUGUUGUUGUUUUGUUGUCGUCAUUGUUGUCCUUGUCCCAUAGGUACAUCAUGUUACUUUUUUUCCCAACAAUUCAGCGACUUUUACCACUUUUACAACUUGAAAUGUGCUUUUAUGUUCAUACGUAUUUUUAUUCCUCUGUUUUGUUUGAGUUUUUAUUUUAUUUUUUUUGCCUUUCAUGGUCAUUAGAAACAAGCGUACAUGUACAUCACUGAAAAGUAGUCUGUACUUUCUAACUUUGUCAUUUUUCUUUUAAACUGCUGGCUAUCAAUGUUGUUAAGGAUUCCACACACACUACAUUUAUUAUUAUAUAUUUUUUUCCAAAUACAUCGACUUUUUGAUUUAAGGUCAUCCUUGGUUGUCUUUGUUUAUUUUAUCAUGUUUUUGAGUUUUUGUACGCACAGACCUGAGGCUGCUAUGCUGAAAGAAAGAACGAAAGAAAGAACGAAAGAAAGCACGUGUCACCAAGAUGAAGCAAGUGCAAGUGCGUCAUGCAACUCAUCAUCAUAAGUCUAGAAAGUCAGCGCAAAAAAAAGAAUAAUACAAAUUAAAAAAUCCCUGAUUUAGCUAAAUCACUUAUUUAUUUAUUUUUUUUACUCAAAGUUAGAGGAAGCCAAUAUGGAACUUUUCUCCACUUUGUGUUUGUGAGUUUGUUUGCUGAUCUCAUGCGUGUGUGUGUGUGUUCAGUUCGAGUCGGUUUUCAGCUUCAGAUUUGACUUUUUUGCCGUUCGACUCAAUAUUGUGCUGAUCAGAUGCAGAAGGAGGAUCCGUUCCAACGUUCCUCUUCCGAAGGCGAAACGAAUACUAAACAGCAUAAAAGCCACAAUGACCGACGCGUAUAACGCGACCCAAAGCCUCUGUUCGAGCCUCGUCAGCGGCCUGUUAGCCGAGAAAAUCCUGCCUACGUCUUUAACCGUGUUCUAAUUCUUGAAUCAUAUUACUGCCAUAUUUCUACUUCCUGACUUCAUACCGAGCUUCACUUAGCCAGGAUCCUCAAUAUCCUUUUUCUACUUGCUAAGAGCCAUAUUUUAUAGGUUGUUCUUUUAUAAUCCCAUUUUUUUUUUUUUUUUUUUUUGCUUUCCUGCUUUGCUUUAAACUAAAAUUCAGUCACUGCCUAAAAUAUAGAAAACGGACCACUUGAAUAUAUCAUGAACAAACGUCCCCUCGUCCCAAACCCCAGGCUUAUAUCCCUAAGUGAUGUAUUAUUACGGGCGAAAUGUGUAAAUUUCAUAUAAACGUUGAUGUUCUGUUCUGUUUUUUACAACUGUUCUGUAUUUUUAUAUUAAGUACUUUUUAAUAUUUUGGAAAUCUAUAAAGGAAAGGUGUAUAGGCUCGGAGCGUCGUAUCCGGUGACAGAUAUUCAGUAAAGCGAGGCAGUAGAAUACAUUGUUCUCACAAACCUACGUACGCCACGUUUAAAUCGAAAAAAAAAAAACGCUUUGGCCAAGGAGAGAACGACGGCGUGACGUGUUUACUUUAAAUCCAGCAAGAUUCCUAAAAAACAAAACCAAAAAAAAAACCAAUUCUCAGCUCACUUUAAACAGCAUUGGGUGUAGGUGCGUUGGGGGAAGAAAAAUAAAAGCUUGUAGUUUAUCCAACAUCCUGGCUGCUGUAAAUGUUACACGGACAUUAGAAAUGAUCUCAAUUCCAUAUUAGGUGAAAUAGUUCCAUUGCAUAUAUUCUAUUUUCAUCAUGUACACGCAUACUGUUAGGUUCAUUAGCAUGGUAUUACAGCAUCCUUUAUUUUCUUUACCAUGAGCUGUUACUAUUGGCUGUUUUAUUUUAUUUCAUGGGUUUUUUUUUUUGCCCCCCACUCCCACCCCCACCCCAUGUGUGCGCCCAGAUAUAACUCGUCUAACUAACUUUUUUGUUGUUGUUGUUUUUUUCUCCUGUCAACUGAUCUACUCAGUUCAUGAAGAUCUAGUACCGUGUUCAGUGUAGUGUUAAAACAAAUACUGCAAAAAAAAAAUAAAAUAAAAAAAAUAAGAAGCUUGUUCUGCAGUCAAAGCUUUAAAAAAAUUCUGCCAAAGUGUUAUUUUUGUACAAUCAUUACUUCUUCUCGUUCUUCUUCCCCGUGCUAAGCUGUUGAAUAUGACACUACGUUUGUUUUCCUCUACACAUCUGUCCAGUCCUAAAGAUGUCCGGGAUAAAUCUUUGUGAAAUUAACCAACGUCUUUUAAUCCACCUCAUGGUAUCAUCUUAUUGCAUCUCUGGAAUAUUAUUUUUUUUUUUUUUUUUUUUUUUUUUUUUUUUUUUUUUGCUGUACAUUGAUUUUAAUCAACAGUUUCAAAUUUCGACACCGAUCUGGCUGUGCAGGAAGAUUUGUUAUUGCACACAUCUGUCCAAAAAAAAAAAAAAGAAGAAGAAGUAAAAAAAAAAAAAGGAUGGCAUGCAUUAACUGAUUCAACUGCUUGGCUAGUCUACUGAGAUUUAUUUAAUUAUUUUGUGUGUGUGUGUGUGUGUAUGUUUUGGAGAUAGGAGUGCUACACCACAGCUGUAAAUAAAAAAGAUUGCAUUUUUAACCUGGAAUAAAUCACAACCACCUACUUUUCCAUAACUUUCCAUAGACAACCUGCAUUUGAAUGCGUUCUAAAGUGUAUUUGAUUGUAAAGGGGGAAAAAAAGAAAAGAAGAGAGACAGAACGACCAAAAGAAAGAAAGAAAAAGUAAUUUCUUUAUUAUAAAUCAUAUGAAUACGAUAAUAAGCACUGGUGUUAUUUUUGUAUAAACCUAAUAUCAUCUAUGUGGCAUGCAUGACUUAUAAACAAAUUGGUGGUUCAAAGCAA